GCCAACACCACUGGUUUUGCCUCUCUUCUGCCUGUUUUUUUUUCCCUCAUCUUUGAUUCCAGCCAACGUUGUCAUCAUCACCACCUUUACAAAGGGCCUUCCUUUUAUAUUGGUUCGUGUAUCAUCUGUGGCCUCUGUGUGUGAUUUAGAUUCACAGUAAAUGUGUUGUAGACAUGUGCGUUCAUGUUUCUAAUUCUCCUAUUCUUAUAUGAUGCUAUUCCUUUCUUGUUCUUUCUUCCUUCCUCCAAAAUAAAAUCUCCAGUGAAAACUUUCUAAUCUUGAUAUUAAUCCUAAAUAUCCAUUACAGCCUGUUUUAAUGAUCCCAUGAAUCAUGAUGGUUGUCUAGAGAUUGGGUGCGUUGUUUUUGUGUUAGAUGGAGCACAGAAAAGAGGACUCCAUUAUUCAAACCCAGGCAACUGAUCUGGGAUGCGGGGGUGUCAGAACUGGACAUGGGAGAUAGGAAUGUGAUGGUUUUUUGUUGAAUUCUAGAAUAAAUCUAUGUUAUUAUGGAUGAAGAAUGUGUUUUUUGAUCUGGGUGUUUUUUUUCCUGGGAAGAGGAAUAUGGAAUAAAAUAUAUAUAUUGAUUACAAAUAGCUGAGGAGAGGAAUUUUCAUCAUUUAAUCCCAUGGAGGCACCGGCUGAGCAGCAGCCACAGGCAGGGCAGCCAAGCGUGCCGCGGAAAAAGAUGACGAAACAGUUAACCGGAAAACGCGAGGAUACGAUCUUGCAUACUGCGGCAAGAGAAGGAAAUCUUCCUACUGUGAUAGAAAUCCUUGGUGGCACCGGCGAGGCCGAAUUGAAGGAGUUGUUGGCAAAGCAAAAUCAAGCCGGCGAGACAGCUCUUUAUGUCGCGGCAGAAUACGGUUAUGUUGAUUUGGUUAGGGAGAUGAUCAAGUGCUAUGGUCUUGCCGAUGCUGGCAUCAAAGCAAGAAAUGGGUUUGAUGCAUUACACAUUGCUGCAAAACAAGGAGACAUGGAGGUGUUGAGGGUUCUAAUGGAGGCUCAUCCGGAAUUGUCUAUGACCGUGGAUGUAUCAAACACAACGGCUUUGCACACAGCUGCAACACAAGGGCACAUCGAGAUAGUGAACUUUUUGUUGGAGGCAGGAAGCGGUCUGGCAACCAUUGCUAGAAGUAACGGGAAAACGGCCUUGCAUUCUGCGGCAAGAAAUGGGCAUUUGGAGGUUCUGAAAGCUCUUCUGGAAAAGGAGCCCGAGAUUACAAAACGGAUUGAUAGGAAGGGGCAGACGGCACUUCACAUGGCAGUGAAGGGACAGAGUAGUGAGGUGGUGGAGAUGUUGAUUAUGGCAGAUCCUCCUUCUGUGAACAUGGUUGACAAUAAAGGCAACACCGCUUUGCAUAUUGCAACCAGAAAGGGUAGAGCUCAGAUUGUGAGGAUGCUUCUCGGACAGAAAGAGACGGACACAAGAGCCGUGAACAGGGCUGGCGAAACUGCGAUUGACACUGCCGAGAAAACUAGCCACCCUGAUAUUGCAGCCAUUCUUCAGGAGCAUGGGGUUCCCAGUGCCAAAAAUAUCAAGGUUCAAGCACCAACAAGCACUGCCCGUGAGCUGAAACAAACUGUAAGCGACAUAAAGCAUGAAGUCCAUUACCAGCUAGAGCACACCCGGCAAACCAGAAAACGUGUUCAAGGCAUUGCAAAACGCCUCGACAAAAUGCACACAGAAGGCCUUAACAACGCAAUCAACUCCACAACUGUUGUGGCUGUCCUCAUUGCCACAGUUGCAUUUGCUGCCAUAUUCACCGUCCCCGGCCAAUAUGCCGACGACCCAGAAAACAUUCCUCCUGGAGUCUCCGUUGGGGAAGCAAAUAUUGCUCCAAAAGUGCCAUUUAUAAUCUUCUUCAUCUUCGACUCCAUUGCCCUCUUCAUCUCUCUGGCGGUUGUCGUGGUCCAGACCUCCGUUGUUGUCAUAGAAAGCAAGGCAAAGAAGCAGAUGAUGGCAGUUAUCAACAAACUCAUGUGGUUAGCUUGCGUGCUUGUCUCAGUGGCAUUUUUAGCUCUGUCUUUUGUUGUCGUGGGCGACCGUGAAAGGUGGCUGGCAAUCGGCGUUACAAUUAUAGGAACAACCAUAAUGGCCGCUACUUUGGGCACCAUGUGUUAUUGGGUAAUUAGGCAUCGGAUUGAUGCCUCCAAUAUGAGGAGCCUUCGAAGAUCAUCAAUGGGCAGCAGAUCAAGUUCCAGGACUCUGCCAGCGAUGUCAGACUCUGAGAUCCUGAACAAUGAGUACAAGAAAAUGUAUGCAAUUUGAAAAUUUCCCUACGCCAGAAAAGUUUUAGCAUUCGGCGUAAGAGAUCACCAUGGUUCUCUAUAUGUUCACAUCUAUAACGUAUAUUUCCUGAGGAGCUGAUCAUAGAUUUUUUUCUCUUCAGAAAAUUUUGCUGACUA